UGCCACCUGUAAGUCGUGGUUAUUCUUGGUUAUGACAGCCAAUCAAAUUCCCCGCUGAAACCAAGAUUUGCAGGCAACGGCCAAUCAGCGUUCCCGGCUGAAACCAAGAUUUGCAAGCGACGGCCAAUCAGCGUUCCCGGCUGAAACCAAGAUUUGCAAGCAAUGGCCAAUCAGCGCUCCUGACUGAAACCAAGAUUUGCAAGCAACGGCCAAUCAGCGCUCCUGACUGAAACCAAGAUUCGCAUGCAAUGACCAAUCAGCGCUCGUAUCGCUAUCAUGAACCUGUCUGCUAGUAAAAACCAAGAAUUGACCAAUCAACGUCAAGAGCCCCCCCAGAGCUUGCGAAUUACGGUCGGAGAAACAUCUUCAGAUUUACCGAGCAAUCAAAACAAAGUAUAACGUUACAGUUUACUACAUCUUUACUACAACUUCGUACACAAUUCACAGAGCAAUAAAGUAUAACUGUAAGUUACUACGGCUUUACUACAGCUUCGUGCACAAUGGAGCCUCGCUUCAGGAGACGGGCUGAUGGCAGCCUGAAUCUUUCGGACACACUGGAAGCAGCAAAGGUGAAGGAAGCCAACAAAGGAAAGCCUUACACAAGACCCCUGUCCCCGGAGGCUGUGCUGGACAAGGCCAAGAAAAGCUUAAGUCAGCACCAUGGAGAUCCAGCUAACAGAAAGCACCUGCUGGGUUUCUUUGAAAUCCAGUUUGGUAUCUUUCGUGGGCAAACAUUCAGGUGGGUGGCAGAAAAUGCACUAGGGUAUGCUGCUUACCUGGUUGCAUCUAUGAAGAGGGACACCACAGGAGGCAGCAAAGACUCCCAAGAACAUGCCCACAACAAGGGGAGUUUCAGGGAGUAUAUUGAGCUCUUUCCUUCUGGCAAAAUUGCCAUUGCCAUGAAGGAAGAGCAGAAUGAUGCAAAAGCUUCCAAGCACGCUGCCCCUACUCAGCACGCUGCACCCACCCAGCAUGCUGCACCCACCCAGCAAGCUGCACCCACCCAGCACGCUGCCACCACCCAUGCUUCCACUGCCUCUCUACGCUCCCUCUUGGUUGGGAAGUUGCCUGACCAAAGAACCCUGACCAAGACCAUAAAAAGGAUAGUUUCCCCCAUCAAAACCACACCUUCUUUGGCCCAGGCACGUGCACGCCCCUCUGCCACCCUCACCCACCCAACUGUGUCUAUUGAGGGAGCCACAGGGCCCACAGCCACCCUCACCUACCCGACUGUUUCCAUUGAAGCCGCCACAGGGCCCUCAGCUACCCUAACCCACCCCUCUGUGUCUACUGAGAUAGAUGACAGCACACUGCUGGCAGAGGCAACUAUGUUUGAGGAGGCACAUGUGGCAUCACAACGAGUCUGUCUUCCAGCUGGAUGGAUACACACCCUGCCUGAAGUGGACCAAAGGUGGAUUUCCAAGGCCCUGUUCAGAUGGGCUGCACCAGGCCGUCCUGAGCUGAUCUAUAACAGGGUGGACAAACUUUGGUGGUAUCCUCCAUCGGUGCCACUGAAGACCAGUAGUGCUCCUUCCUUGGAGAAUUACUUUGGCCAUCCUCUGCUGCUCUGGAUGCCACGAAAGCUGUGGCAAUUGAAGCUGACCUGUCCACAUCCAGACUGUCAGAAAGAUCUUCUGACCUCAGCUGGCCUGCAUCAAAAGAUCAGGGUGGUGAUUGCUUUGAAUAGUGUGUACUUUGUGGCAUCUGAGUACCUGGCCUGCCGAAGAUGUAAGAGGAAGGUCAUCAGCUGGAGCCAUGAUAUCGUCUCCCAACUCGACAUUGGCCACAGAGUGCAGUUCCCCUGCAUUCUAACAUCAAAACUUGCAUGUGACUUUCAGGUAGUAUGUUUGAUGCGUCAACGAGGUCUGGGAAACAGCAGCAGCCAGAUCCAGCGCAAGCUGCAGGAGCGUCAUGCUGAGGUCUGGUUGCAAAAAACAGUCCAAUAUCUUACAGAUUGCAAGGGGAUUGCCAGUGCUGUCACAUCAAGCCUGAUACUGCCUGUGACAUUUGAACCGCUUCCUACAAUGCCUUCUGUCCCUAAGCACCGGUGGCUGAUGCAGGUCUAUGCCCAGGAUGUCCUGCAACGGCUGGAUGAGAUCAAGGCCGCUAUAACAUCACAAUAUGGUCGGAUCUUAAAAAUGGAUUCCACAAAAAAAGUAGCCAGAAAACUAGCAGGACCCAGCUAUGGCACCGCUGCCUGGGCAACCAAUGUUGGAAAUGAGCAUGGACAGGUGAUCAUGUCCGUGCUCACAGCAAGUGAGGGUUUUGGUCUUGGGCCAAUGAUUGAAGGCCUCAUUAGGAGAUACAGAGUGGCUGGGGUAGCUCCUCCCGAGGUACUGUAUGUGGACCGAGACUGCUGUGGCAACACUCUUCUGAGGAGGAUGUUUGAAGAGUGGGAGCAAAUGACCAUCCGGUUGGAUAUAUGGCACUUUAUGCGGAGAUUUUCUGUGGGUUGCACCACCGACUGUCACCCGUUAUAUGCCACAUUUAUGAGUCGCCUCAGCCACUGUAUUUUCAUGUGGGACCAGGACGACCUGACGGCCCUGAAGAUGGCAAAGUGUGCAGAGCUAGAAGCUGACUGGAGACCAUCAUCUGAGGCGGAUGUACUGCGCCGUAUCAGCCGUAGCGAGCUAGCCCUACAUUGCAGGAGAACCACUCGUGGGACCAAGGAGACCCUGACGAUGAUUGAGAGCCUCAUUCAGGCCUUUGAAGGAGAUGCUGGUCGUGAUAUUCUGGGAGUCCCUUUAAUAAACUCAGCCCGGAUGAGUGAGAUCAUAAAGUCCCAGCGAAAGCAUGUGGCCUGCAUCCAGGAUCCUCAAGGUGUGCAGCUCUACAUGCAGACGGGCACUUUAAUGAAGGGAGGGCACCGUCUGCCAACUUACCGCUGUGCCAGAGGUUCUACUUCGCUCGAGUCUUUUCACCUGCACCUCAACAGAUUCAUCCCAGGCACGCUGGCAAGUGACACCUUUUUUCAGGCGUAUCUUUUGGAUGGACUUGCAAGGUGGAAUGAGGACCGGGCUGUGGCAGCAACAACUGAUGAGCAGCAGCCACAUUCCUACAGUCAUCUUCUCCGUCAUGCUGCCAAUAUUCUUGCAGAGGAGGUCAUGGGCAUGAAAAUCAGCCCUUAUGUUGGGCCAAGAAAGUACACUGGUGAACUUAUCGGAGUAGAGUAUCUUUACCAGCAAACUGGUAAAGUUCUGCAGGACUACAGGUUGGCCAUUGAAGAGUCUGAGACCACUGAGGUUGCUAUAGAGGUGGAGGAAGCUUAUGAUGAACUUGAGGAGUUUCAAGACAUCACUGUCCCCACCUUUGACACAGAGCGGAUACCUUCUGCUGCUUCACAAGCAUCAGUGUCUGCAGCAUCAUCUUCAACCCCUCCGGCAACCAGACCCAAGUCAUCACUGUAUGUGUCCCCUACAUUACCAGUGAGAUCUCCUGUCACCAGCUCUACAUCAUCACUGUCUGUGGUCCCUCCAAUACCAGUCACAUCUUCUGUUUCCAGCUCACUGCACACUCAGCCAGCACCAUCUCCUGGCGCACAUAGCUCCCCAGGUAACCAAGGGUCCACAGAAACUGACUUUCCAUCAUCUGAAGAGAACCCUUUGCAUGAUGAUUGUGUUGGACCCGAUAAUAUUGAAGGUUAUGGAGCUGUGCAGGACUUGGCAGAGUAUUUGUUCAACCUUAGAGAACACCGUCUGGCCUUAACUGGAGAAGAGUCUGAUCAAAUCAUCAACCUAUGGCAGGCAUUGGGGGAGUUUGAUAAGAAAAAGACCACUUACUCGCCACGUCACCAAACCAACCUAAAACAGGGACGAUUCAGGGCCAGUAAGAAGAAUGUGGCACCUGGUGUGGAGAGCACCAGAAGAUGUUUCGUUGGGAAUCGUAGUCCUGCACAGAGGCCUGACUGCAACAGAGUGGUGGAGGGCAUCUUCAUAAGGCUCUGUGCUCUCUACCAAAACGCGGUGCGUGAUAAUGGAGAGAGGGUCACCCGCUUCACAAUGAUUGCACGGGUCUACAGACAUAUCCGAGAGUGCAUCCUCACCAAUGAUAGGGUGAUGAGAGAAACCACCAUCCAGCUUCCACAGAUGAACGCUAAAACAAUCUCAGACUGGUUCUCCAAGCGUGACAAGUCACAGGAUGUGGGGGUUACAAAGCAGGGUAUCAAUUUCCCAGAUGCACCCAUGGCUGGACCUGAGAAGCUUCCUGCGGCUUUGCAGAAAGGGCCGAACCUAUUUCCAGGGAGCUUGGCUGAGCCUCACCUUUUUGUCCUGCCAAGAAACACUGCUGGGGAGGCAAAACUCAAGAGGAGGUCACAACCUCCAGCCAUCUCCCAGGCACCACCAUCACAUCAAAGACUCCCUAUCAUUGCACCAGCAAUACCCGUCUCUCUGCCUUUCAUUUUGCCCUCCCUGCAGCUACCGACAGUUGUAGAUACAUCAUCUUCAGUGCCUGGAACUUCACAGGUGGUGUUCUUUAACGUACCUUUACCUUCUGCUAUGCCACCAUCAGCUCAGACACAAACAUCCAGUCAAGCUGUACCUUACUCCACUCAGCAGUACAGGAAGAGAAAACAGAUGAGGGAGGAAACUGGAACUGUCACACGCAAAUAUGUGAGGAAGACAGAUGUUAUUCUUUGUAGAAAGUGCAACAAAGAGAGAAAGCCACCAUCACAUCUUCAGUACUUUGGCAACUGGUACUGCAAAGAGACUGAGACUCAGUCAUAUGCUGAAUGGAGGGCUGUGCUGGAGGGACGUGGUUAUGGGAAAAAAAAAACAGGAAAUGACAAUCCUCCAGCUCCUUAAAAAUUUCACAUUUUAUAUACACACUGUAAAUAAUACACAUGCUAUACACACUGUAAAUAAUGUUAAGUUUACCUUGUUUAUGGUCAAGUUUUUUAUUGUUAUUGUUUAGGAUGACCUUUCAAAGUUGCACUACUGUGAUAAAUGUUUGUUUUGAUUUAAAAAAAAAUUUAGUCUGACAUGUCAAAGGUGCACUGCAAAUUUUUGUUUUUGUUAUUAUUAUUAUUAACAUUGAUACGUCAGAAUUGCACUACUAUGUUGAAUGUUUAUUUUAUUAAUGUUUACUAUUUAUUAUGUUGACAAUCCUCCAGCUCCUUAAAAAUUUCACAUUUUAUAUACACACUAUAUACACACUGUAAAUAAUGUUAAGUUUACCUUGUUUAUGGUCAAGUUUUUUAUUGUUAUUGUUUAGGAUGACCUUUCAAAGUUGCACUACUGUGAUAAAUGUUUGUUUUGAUUUAAUAUUAUUUUCUUAGUCUGACAUGUCAAAGGUGCACUGCAAGUUUUUGUUUUUGUUAUUAUUAUUAUUAUUAUUAUUAUUAUUAUUAACAUUGAUACGUCAGAAUUGCACUACUAAGUUGAAUGUUUAUUUUAUUAAUGUUUACUAUUUAUUAUUUUAUUUUAAUAACAUUGCUGUUCUGGUUUUUUAUUUACCUUAAAAAUCUAUGCAAAUAAUAAAUGUUUAAUCCUUGCCCUCACAUUGUUUCUGUGUCUAUUUAUAUAGUCUAUUAAUUUGGCUACUCUAUACUUUACGAAUAAACAAUAUUUUGUAGCUGUAAACACAAAAACAAGUCUUUAAUCAAUAAAACACACCAUAAGAACAGGGACAGUCCUGUUUAUAGUUUUUAUUCCGUUAUUAAAAGUGUCCAAUUACAGUGAUGGGGGGGGCUGAUUUACAAUUGAUUAAAGUGCGGGAGACAGUGACGAUGACACACAUGCGUGCACUAGCAGCGUCAAACUGACACGUCACACGAAUUCCACCACUGGUCUGAGCGAGGCGCGAACUCGCGUCGCUGUGCCGUCUUUUGGUUGCUUUACCUCGACUAACACGCGCCGGCUUGCCUCGAGUAGGUAGCGCGUCAGUCUCAUAAUCUGAAGGUCGUGAGUUCGAUCCUCACACGGGGCAGU